AUGACACAGAAUCUGGUUCUCAACACUACGUGGGAGGACCUGGACCCUUCCAAUUUCUCAAUAUUGCAGGAAAACCCUUUGACCCACCAGAACAUCACUUAUGUUGAUUUCUACCUCCACAAGCCCUCUGUGGCUGCAGUCUUCACCGUCUCCUACCUGCUAAUCUUCCUGGUGUGCAUGGUGGGCAACGGGGUGGUGUGCUUCAUUGUGCUGCGCAGCAAGAACAUGCGGACAGUCACUAACCUGUUUAUUCUCAACCUCGCAAUCAGUGACCUGCUGGUUGGCAUCUUUUGCAUGCCAACCACACUAGUGGACAACAUCAUAACAGGAUGGCCAUUUGGCAGUGUAGUCUGCAAACUAAGCGGUAUGGUUCAAGGCAUAUCUGUGUCAGCAUCUGUGUUCACUCUAGUGGCAAUAGCUGUUGACAGGUUCCGCUGCAUCGUCUACCCUUUCAAGCAGAAACUGACCAUCGCCACCUCAAAGCUAAUUAUCGUCAUCAUAUGGGUCCUGGCUGUGUCCAUCAUGUGUCCCUCCGGGGUCAUGCUCCAGGUCACAAAGGAGCAGAGGGUGCGGAUAGUCCUUGGCCACAACAACAACACUCGCCCUUUCUAUUGGUGCCGGGAAAACUGGCCAAAUCAGGAGAUGCGGAAGAUCUACACCACUGUCCUCUUUGCUAACAUCUACCUCGCUCCUCUCAGCCUCAUUGUCAUCAUGUACGCCCGCAUUGGCUUCACUCUCUCAAAAACCACUAUUCCUCCAAUUAGGGGCAGUGGAAUUGGGUCUGGGCAAGGCAAAUCGAGCAUGGAGGGUCGUCACACAAUUUCAAAGAAGAAGACUCGGGUGAUAAUGAUGUUGCUGGUUGUGGCUCUGCUCUUCAUCUUAUCCUGGCUUCCCCUGUGGACGCUGAUGAUGCUGAGUGACUAUGCCAGUCUGACAGAGCACCAGUAUCGUGUCAUUAACAUCUACGUGUAUCCCUUAGCUCACUGGCUGGCCUUCUUCAACAGCAGUGUCAACCCCAUCAUCUAUGGGUUCUUCAAUGAGAACUUCCGCAGAGGCUUUCAGGCUGCUUUCAAAUUUCAGCUGUGCACUGCUGACAUUGAGCACCAGAAGACCUACUCCCAUCGGAUCCGGGGGCACGCUGUGCUCCCAGUCCAGCCGGUUGCCCUCAGUAGAUCAGGCUUAGUGGGAAAUGAGAAGUGUUCUUGUCAGGAAGGAGGGUGCUUGGCCAGUAGAGGUGAUAUCAAAGAACAGGAUCUCAUCAUGGAGGACCUGGAAAAGGUAUCCCAGAUUUAG